AGCUUAUCUGUAUUUCACAGUUGCUAGGGUUUUAUCUUCGAAACCCAUCGAGAGUUUCUUCCAUGGCGACGCAUACCAUUUCUCGCUCCAUCCUUUGCCGACCGGCGAAAUCUCUUUCCAUUCUGUUCACACGAUCCUUUGCUUCAUCUGCUCCUCUCGCCAAAUCUCCGGCGUCUUCUCUUUACUCGUCGUCUCUGCUGAGCCGAUCCCGUCCUCUCGUCGCCGCUUUUUCCUCCGUUGUCCGUGGUGGCCUUGUAUCUGUCAAAGGCCUUUCAACGCAGGCUACAUCGUCCUCUCUGAACGAUCCGAAUCCCAACUGGUCGAACAGGCCACCAAAGGAGACGAUCCUGCUCGAUGGUUGCGAUUUCGAGCACUGGCUUGUCGUCGUGGAGCCGCCUGAGGGUGAUCCUACUAGAGACGAAAUCAUUGACAGCUACAUCAAAAUCCUUGCCCAGAUUGUUGGCAGCGAAGAAGAAGCGAGGAUGAAGAUAUACUCGGUUUCAACUCGGUGCUAUUAUGCUUUCGGAGCACUUGUGUCAGAAGAUCUUUCUCACAAGAUAAAAGAGUUGCCAAAGGUGCGCUGGGUUCUUCCUGAUUCUUACCUGGAUGUGAGGAACAAAGACUACGGAGGGGAACCUUUUAUUGAUGGGAAGGCUGUUCCUUAUGAUCCCAAGUACCACGAGGAGUGGAUUAGGAACAAUGCUAGAGCAAACGAAAGAAACAGGCGUAAUGACCGUCCUCGCAACUUUGAUAGAAGCAGAAACUUUGAGAGGAGAAGAGAGAACAUGGCAGGAGGCCCUCCUCCUCAACGUCCUCCAAUGGGCGGUCCUCCUCCGCCUCAUAUGGGUGGCUCUGCACCUCCUCCACCUCACAUGGGUGGCUCUGCACCUCCUCCGCCUCACAUGGGACAGAACUACGGGGGACCACCACCACCACCUCCGAACAUGGGAGGACAAAGGCCGCCACCAAACUAUGGGGGACCACCACCACCACAGAACAACAUGGGAGGACAGAGGCCUCCAGCAAACUAUGGAGGAGCACCACCACCUAACUACGGAGGAGCACCACCACAAAGCAACAUGGGAGGAGCACCACCACCACCAAACUAUGGAGGACCACCACCACCACCGAACUAUGGAGGAGCACCACCACCACAUAACAACAUGGGAGGAGGUCCACCAAAUGCAGGAUGGUCAGGUAACAACAACUACCAGCAGCAGCAGCCACAGUACCAAAACAACUAUCCACCUAACCGUGAUGGCAGCGGCAACCCGUACCAGGGUUGAACUAGUUGAACCACCACCAGUCGUGGGUUUUCUUUUUUAAAUCAAUGCAUUCUGGACGAUGUAUAGAUAAUCAGAGGGGGAGGAAGGAGAGUGCAAUAGCAAGACUUUAAAAACUUCUUUUGUCUUCGGUGUUUAUCAGUCUGGUAUUGUGUGAGGGAAUAGCCUAAGUAACUGUGGCAUGGUUGGAACUUUCUCACUCAUUCGGUUUGUUUCUUUUAGUUUAUAUCCUAAAUCGAUUUUAAGAGUU